AUGGCACUAUCAUAUCGAUUCUUAUUAUGUGCACACAAUUUACGAAGUUCUUCAAUAGAAACUUCUUUAUUCAAAGAUUCAUGUACACCGUCUCCAUUCCGAGAUGAAUUAUUUAAAGAUGAUCAUAUUCAUUUGGAUAGUUCACUAGCUGGUCGGGGUUGUUGUUGUCUUCAAACUACAUUUCAAGAUCAAUCAUUUAAAGAAACUACUCAUUUAUAUGAUCAAUUAUUACCAUUAUAUCCAAUAAUGUUAUGUUUAAGCGCUGCAUGUCCAAUAUUACGUGAUUUUUUAUCGGAUAUAGAUUGUCGAUGGAAUAUAUUAAGUGAAGCUGCUGAUGAUCGAACAACUGAAGAAAAAAAAACAAAAAAACAUUCUAUACCGUUAAGAAAAUAUAUUGAUGAACAAGAAGAUAUGGAUGCUAAUACACGGCACACAAUUGAAUAA